AUGGCCUCAUCGGCACGACCGGUUUCCCGCAUUCUAGGCCGGCUAAGCCGGUCCGGCAUCUCCACCGUCGAGUCCAGCGCUCACCUCCCAACUCAGCGAACAGCCUCCCUGCUCUCCCGAAGCGCCCUCACAACACCGAAGCCAAAUGGAAUUGGAAUUAGACGUGCCACCCCGCAGCAGCGAGGCUUCUCGACCUCCCCUGCUUGUCUUCGUGCAAAGACGAUGGGCCAGCUGCGCGCGCGGAACGCAACGGGUCCGUUCUCGUGGAAGGCGGCGCUGCUGUUCGUGCUGACGGGCGCGGGGAUGAUCGUUUACUUCCGGGUUGAGAAGGAGCGGUUGGAGCGGAAGCGGAUCGCGGAGAUGAGCAAGGGGGUUGGACGGCCGAAGGUUGGGGGCCCUUUCACGCUGACGGAUUUGGAUGGGAAGGAGUUUACGGCGGAGGAUUUGAAGGGGAAGUAUAGUUUCGUAUACUUUGGUUUCACGCACUGUCCCGAUAUCUGUCCCGAUGAACUGGAUAAGAUGGCCGAGAUUAUCGAUCGGGUCAAGGAGGCGACGAAGGGGGAGAAUAUCUUCCUGCCGGUGUUUAUUACAUGUGAUCCCGCACGCGAUACGCCCCAGGUCCUGCGCGAGUAUCUGAAGGAGUUCCAUCCGGAUAUUAUUGGCUUGACGGGCACGUAUGAGCAGGUGAAGCAUGUGUGCAAGCAGUACCGAGUGUAUUUCAGUACGCCCAAGGAUGUGAAGCCUGGGGAGGAUUACCUGGUGGACCACAGUAUAUACUUCUAUCUGAUGGACCCGGAUAAUGAUUUCGUCGAGUGCAUUGGACGGCAGGAUACGCCCGAGUCGGCAUCGAAGGUGAUUCUUCAGCACAUCAACGACUGGAAGAGAGAAGGAAAGCCUUUAAAGCGGGAUUGA